GCCGCCUCGCGGACGUCGGCGCAGGCGCGGCCAUGGCGGCGACCGGCAGCGCGGAGGGCCCGAGCUACAGCCCCGCGCUGUGGUCCGAGCUGCAGGCGCUGCUGCCCCGCGCCGAGGAGGGGCUGACCUUGGCGCUGAGCGGCGAGGUGGAGGACUGCGUCCUGCCGCUGCUGCGGCGGGCCCGCGCGCUGCUCUACGGCGCGGCGGGCCGGCCCGGGGCGGCAGCGGCAGCGGCGCUAGAGCGCCUCAGCGACGUCCUGCGUGACUACUCCUGGGAGAAGCUGAACGCGGGCCCAUGGAGGGAGGUCGGCAAGGGCUGGCGCCAGGUCUACGCCUACGGCUGCCUCUUCGGGGCGCUGGCCGAGGUGGCCGCGGGCCGCCCGCUCUCGCGCGCCGUGCGGCUCUGCGACCUGGGGCUGCUCAUGGGCGCCGCCGUCCUGGACAACGUCCUGGCGCGCCUGGUGCGCGCGCUGCAGCCGCACCUGCCCCGUAGCGCCCGCGCCCCGCCGGCCCGCUCGCGGCCCGGCCUCCGUGUGCCGGCUGCUGAGGGGGAGCGUCCGUUCCAGAGCGUCCGGCCGGAGCCGCCGCCGCCCCGCGCCGUGCAGCCGGAGGAGGUGAUUCCGCACCUUCGCUGUCCUUCGCUGGAGCACUUCAGAGACAACUACCUCGUUCCCCAGCGGCCCGUGGUCCUGGAGGGCGUCAUGGAUCACUGGCCGUGUAUGAAGAAGUGGAGUGUGGACUAUUUCUGUCAAGUCGCAGGGUGCCGCACAGUCCCUGUGGAGUUGGGUGCUCGGUAUACAGACGAGGAAUGGUCUCAGCAGCUCAUGACUGUCAGUGACUUCAUCAGCCAGUAUAUCAUGGAUGAGAACAAUGUAGGAUACCUUGCCCAGCACCAGCUUUUUGAUCAGAUCCCAGAACUGAAAGAAGAUAUCAGUAUCCCUGACUACUGCUGCCUGGGGGAAGGGGAAGAAGAUGACAUCACCAUUAAUGCCUGGUUUGGUCCUGGAGGCACAAUCUCACCUCUUCAUCAGGAUCCCCAGCAAAAUUUUUUAGCCCAGAUGAUAGAUAGAAAUCACAAGAAACAGCUUUUUCAAGGUCACAUGGAAUUUGUAACAGAGUUGGGAAGAAUUUGGAUCCUGUCAUGUUGUACUAAGGAGUUUAUUUUUCUGGUGUUGUGGUUUGAGCCCAGCCAAUCCCCAAGCCUCAUGCAGCUGCUUUCUCAUCCCCCAACCAGUAGGAUGAGGGAGAGAACAGGGAGAGUAAAAGCUAGAAAACUUGUGGAUUGAGGUUUAAUAAGCAAAAACUGUGCACGUAGGCAAAUCAAAACAAAGAAUUACUUGACUGCUUCUCAUGGGCAGGCAGGUGUUCUGUCAUUCCCAGGAGAGCAGAGCCCAUCAUGCUUAACAAUUACAAACACUGUCACUCCAAACAUCCCCCCUUCUUUUUCUUUUUUCUUCUUUCUUCUUUCUCCUGUUCCUCCUCUUCCUUCCCCAUAUACUAAGCAAUAUGUCAUGUAGUCUGGAAUUCCUUUGGGUCACCUGUCCUGGUUGUGUCUCCUCCCAGUCUCCCAGGCACCCCCAACUCCCUUGCCAACAUGGCAGUAUGAUAAACAGAAAAGGAUUCAGAUCUGUGUAAACCCUGCUCAGCAAUAACAAAAACAUUUCUAUAUUAUCAACCCUGCGUUCAGUACAAAUCCAAAACAUAGUCCUAUACCAGCCACUGGGAGGAAAAUUAGUUCUACCCCAGCCAAAGCCAGCACAUCUGGAAAGCAAGGUUUUGAGGUGGACUUAGGUGCAUACUUUAGUCUGUAUCAGGUUACCCAGUAAAAUAUUAAUGCAUGCAGUGAAAUAGGAAUUAAAACUUGUACUUUGACAUAAUUCCUGCUGAGUUCCUCUUGGUAGGCUUUUUGAUGAUGACUUCUAGUGCAGAAUAACCCAAUAAAAUAUUGGAGCCUUUUGUGGUAAGCACUGAACAGGUCAAAGGGGAUGUCUUCUGGAUCCAAGCAGUUGACUACUGUGAAUCUAUGAACACUGAGAGGUGUUUUGUUUACUGAAGGAGAUUACUGUUCCAUCAGACUCUUAAAAAAAUCCAGGCUUACACUUGUCACCAUCAUAUUUUCUGAAAAAUCCCUUUGCCAGGAUUUCUUUUCCUGGGAAACUGAGAAGCUUCAGAGAAAAAUGAAAACAAUAAUUAUCUGAUUUGCUUCUCCUGUGUUUUGUUGCUUUGGAGUGUGUUUUGGAGAUUGUUUAUCCAACAUGUGAAUUGUUUUUACUUAAUGACCAAUCGUGAUCCAGCUGGGUCAGGACUCUGGAGAGGGUCAUGAGUUUUUAAUUAGUAUCUUGUUAAGCCUUCUGUAGGUAUCCUUUCUCUAUUCUCUAAUAUAAUAUAGUAUUCUUUAGUAUAGCAUUCUUUAAUAUAAUACAGUAACAUAAUAAAUUAGCCUUCCAAGAACAUGGAGUCAUAUUCUCAAUUCCUCCUUUGUCCUGGGGACCCAGCAAAUACCACAUAUACUCUCACACUUUUCCAGCAGGAUUGUGACAUUACUUUCUAUUGAUGGUUAUUUAUGGGUUGCGCCUUAGUUUCUCUGUCCCAGUUGCAUCUUGCUAACCUAUGUUUUCACUUGAAACUGAGGCUUAAUUCAGACCUUCCUGGAAUGGUUUUUUGCAACUGCUGUGCAACUUUUUAUGGAUUGUAUUUCUUUUGCAUGCUACCUGCUCGGCACACACAUACAGCUGCAUUCUGAAGGUGAAGUACUGUACUGUUCAUGCUAUGUAAAGCUUGAGGGGAUUUUUCUUGGUGGAAGAAAAAUUUAUAGGAGCUGUUGGACUGGGAAAAGAUAUUUCCCUUACAAACCUCAGAACUUGUUUUCUUCUGCCUAAAAGAAAUAGGAGAUUAUCUGCCAGUGCUGUGAAAAAAUCUUUAUAAUCUGGCAGCUUUCAAUUAAAAUUGCCCUGCAUUGUGAUGCCAUUUAAACUGUGGCUGUGGAGUACAGUAAGGCACAAGUACAAGUAACAAAAUGAAAUUAUCCUGGCUGGUGGCUGGUGCUGAGAUCAUAGUUUUUCCAUUAAUGAGAAAAGCAGUCUCUGGAGAUGCAGGCUAUUGCCCAUUAACUGGUGCCUGCCAUGUUAUAAUAUACAAAGUCUUAAUCCAGUGAGGCAAGUGAAAGAAGGAGGUGUUAACAGCUGAUGGCAGUCCCGAAAAAAUUUCACGCAUUCAGACAACAUGCUGUUGGAGUAAUAAUCAGCAUUUUUGUCACUUCCAUGUGUCACCAAAAAUACCCUGUAAUACUUGGUUCUUUGGUGAGCUAAUUAUUAUCCUUAAUACCUUUGGGGUAUGGAAUACAUCCUAAAAACACAUGGACAGCCAGAGUUAUAUAGAUCAAGUAGUUUAAUCAGUGAUAGUGAAGAGCAGGACAGGGCAGGAGUACUUGGUAUGUGUCCAGUCUGUAGAAUACCUUUAUGUGAUGUCCUUGAAAGCAAUGAACUCUAAAUAGCCAGUAUGACAGCUUUGGUGUUGGUAAGAUUUCAGGAAAUCCUAUUCUAAUAUGUGGGAAGGGACGUUAAGACAGAGGAAAAGCAGGCUGGUUAGGAAUGGUUGGGUAGCCACUCAGGGCUGCUGGGAUUAGUCGGAGUACUCACAAUAGGAGAGCUCCCAACAAGUAUGAUCAUGCCUAGCUCUUGCGGUGGUCUGGAAUGCUGCCACAAGCAGUAUGAAUCUUCACCCUAAACCUUCUCUUCCACUGGUAUCAGUGGAGGACUCAGCUUUGACUUGUUCAUGCUGCCAUAUCUUGACAGCAAAAAGUUGCAGUUCAUGUAGCAUGCAGGGAAGCCAGGCCACUCACCUUACAAAUUCUCAUCUCAUUUCAGCACUCCAAUGAAAGAACUGGUUUAAUGAUGAAACAGAAAUGAAUUUGAGGGGUAUAUGGAAAGUAUAUGGUAGUCACCAUGCAAGUACCUCUGCCUGCUGAUUGCAGUGAAGGUUCAGCCUCCUUAUUCUCAGUUCUUAUUUCUAGCUAUGUAGUGCCCAAAUAAUGAUGUAUAAAUUGGGUUCCUUGAACCUUGAAUUGAAAACAAUCUGGUUAAAGGCAUUUACUUCCCAAUGGUAUUUCAAAUUCUUAUCUGUUCCAAGGGAAGAGGUACUUGAAUUCCAAUAGCCUGGUUUAACUCUUUAUUAUAGCACUAUUACUAACAAUAAUUAUAUUCCUUGUAAUGAGGUAUAUUUUACUGUUAAAUGCCAGCUAUGGCCUGCAGCUUUGGUAAUGUGCCAAUGGAAAACAUUUAUUGUAUUAU